GUCAGCAAUGGAAGCAUGCCUGCUCUUGUCACCCCAUUCACUCUCCUUUGUGUAUCCACAGCCACUCCAGUGUAGGACCCUGUGAAGAGGUUGGACUUGUUAUGUAUUGCUGAUGUCUGAUAUUUGGGGUUUAGAUGUGCUUUGCUUCACGUUUACGUCACCAGGCUUUUCAACGCAGUACAAUGUACAGUCCACAAUAUAUAACCACACAUCCCCAUGUAUAUCUUUUUGAAGGCUAUUCCUUGACCAUGAUGAACGGUGAAAAAUGAUUAAAAUCUGGGGAGUCAAGUUUUGGGUCUCAUGCCUAAUUAUAGCAUUUUUCUUUCUCUUGGUGACACUCCAGGUGAUAGUUGAACUGGGUAAUUUUGAGAAACAGAAAGUAAGCUUGUUAGUAAAAGAUGCUGGCCAACAGAAAAAAUCCAAUCCAUUGCUGAAAAGAUUACAUGAAUCCAUCUUAUCCAGAAAAUUAGAAAAUGGAUUAGGCAGCUAUCCCAUUCUGCUCUGGUGGUCACCUUUGACUGGUGAGACUGGAAAGCUGGGUCGAUGUGGAGAAGAGACCUGCCUUUUCACUAUAAACAGAACAUACCUUCAGAAUCCCAUGACAAAAGCUUUUCUCUUUUAUGGAACAGAUUUCAACACAGACAGCUUGCCACUGCCACGAAAGCCAUACCAUGAAUGGGCUUUGUUUCAUGAAGAAUCUCCAAAGAACAACUACAAACUGUUUCAUCCACCAACCAUAACUAUGUUCAACCACACAGCUACAUUUAGCCGACAUUCCCACUUGCCUUUGACAAGCCAGUAUUUGGAGGAUCUCGAGACCCUUACGUCACUUGAGUACUUUGUGUCUGUUCAAAAAAAGAAUGUUCUGAGAAGGAAACUUGCUCCAGUAGUGUAUGUGCAGUCAGAUUGUGAUCCUCCAUCAGAUCGAGACACUUACAUACAAGAACUAAUGAAAUAUGUCCCUGUAGAUUCCUAUGGAGAAUGCCUUCAUAACCGAGACUUGCCGCCACAAGUCAAUAACUCCUCUUUUAUGGACGACAGACAAUUUUAUCGUAUACUUGCUCAGUAUAAGUUUAUCCUUGCAUUUGAAAAUGCAGUUUGUGAAGAUUAUAUAACUGAGAAACUGUGGAGGCCUUUAAAGCUGGGAUGUGUCCCCAUAUAUUAUGGUGCCACUAAUAUUGAAGACUGGCUCCCUAGCAAAAAAAGUGUGAUAAUUGUGGACAAAUUUUCUCAUCCACGAGAACUUGCACACUACAUUAAACAGCUGGACAGAAAUGACAGCUUGUAUCUGGAGUACUUAGACUGGAAAUUGCAAGGCCAUAUCAGCAACAUUCAGUUGAUCCAUGCGAUCAAGGAUAGAAUGUGGGGUGUGCAAGAUGUAACCCAGGACAAUUAUAUUGAUGCUUUUGAGUGCAUGGUAUGCAGAAGAGUGUGGGACAACAUACGACUGCAAAGAAAGGGUUUGCAAAUAAAGCAGUGGAAAGCUGAUUCAAAACAUUUGUCUUGUCCAGCCCCAAAACCAUUUCCAUUCCUUCCAGAACAGUCAUCUAAGAACAGCAUGAGGGAACUGUGGAAACCAAGCUUUGAACAGUCCAAAAAAGAAGCUAAAGCACUCAGACUUCUUGUCAACAGGAACAGGAAUUUUACAUCUCAAGAAUUUUGGAAUCUUGUUUUCAAACAUUAGGUUAAAGAGGACCUGUCACCUCUCCUGACGUGUGUUUUAGUAACUACUUGUAUUUUCCAUGUAAUAACAAUUCUGGAGCAUCUAUUCUUAUGACUCAACUGUCUGACCUGUUGCAUGUGAGCUUGGCACCUGAAGGGAUCAUUGUUGGUUAAUAUGUGCCUGGAUUGCUGAGAAAAAUGUCUUAAUAUAUGCAAAUGAGCCUCUAGGACCAAGUGGGCUGUUUCCAUUACCCCAAAAAACUCUGUUCUCUCUGCAACUGUGCCCCCUGCACGUUCAUUGUCAGGGUUAGGCAGUGGUCACGCCUGCCUAGCCUGCACAAUCAAAAUGGAAACGAUGUGGCAGUUGCAGAGAGAGCAGAACCUCUAGGUGUACCUGUGGUGGUCUUGAUGUAGAUUAUGAAAUCAAGCUAAUGCUGAUGAGUUGAAAUAUUCAGUCUUUGUGUGCUGAUAUGUUUUUAAAGUGACUCUGUCACCAGAAUCAACUCUAUCACAUAGCCUGGAAGGGGUGAUCCUGCAGUUAAAAAUUAUAUUUUCCUCCUCAUUGUCGGCGCCACAGUUGUUGAUAAAAUCGUACAUUUAUUCCUUUGCUUGCAGGCAAUUUUGAGCACCAGAAGGCAAGCUUUUUCAGUACCGCUAUGCAACCCCUACCGAUGCCUAAACACUCCCCUCCCCCUUGAUUGACAGAGCUAGGUAAGACUUUGACUUCAAUUAUUGCUGUCAAUCAUGGGGGGUGGUGUUUAGACGUCGGUAGGGAUCGCAUUGCAGUGCUCGUACUGAAAAAGCUCUGGAGCUCGAUAUUGCCUGCCAGCAAAGAAAUAGAAGUAUAAAUUUAUUAACAACCAUGGUGCAGACGGUGAGGAGAAAGGUAUUAUUUUAAACUUCAGAUCACCCCUACUAGGCUAUGUGCCAAGUUUAAUAGGGGUGAUCUGGUGACAGAUCCGCUUUAAGGGGUUAUCCAGCUGUAUAAUCCUGGAGGGAAGCCAGGCCCGGCAAUAGUCCUGUGGGGUACUAUGAGGCCCCAGGAGUCAGUUACCACCUUUGGCUCCUGUAUACUGGCAUACCUCUAGGAGUAUGAAGAGAAUGGAAAGACUCUGAGACCACUCCGUGAAGAUCUAAAGGCAGAAAGAAUAAGAGCGGACAGGGCAUCCAGAAGGAACAGUAAAGAAAUCUCCAUUAACAUAAAAAAAAUGAAAGAAGAAAUAAAGAAGUUGGAAGAAAGAAGGGCAGCAAUCCUUUGCAAUAGUGGGCCUUUUAGAGAGAAACUUGAGAAUGAGGCCUGCUUCAAAGAAAUGAGUAAAGGACAGCAGCAACAGGAAACUGAAGGCACAGAAGCCUCUGAUAGGGAGGAAGAUAUGGAAGAAAAAAUGGAAAAGUCAGAAGUAAACCUGCCUUUUUUGUAAGCUCGGGGAUUCGGCCUGAGCAGGUCUGCCUACCGCCCACGAGCUCAGAUGAGGAUUUUUAUGGUGAGAAUACUGGAGUGGUUGGUCAGCUGCUCGAGCAAAUCAGGCACCUAGUUCCUGAGAAUCUGUGGAGAAAAUCUCCUUUUCGGUGAUGAACUCCCAGAAGGAGAUGAGCUUAGUAAAAAAUAAAGCAAAGCAAAGCCAUGGUGAGACAACAUUUGUUUACGUAUCCUAUCAAUUGGACUCCGGGUGGGCUGCAAAGUCAGCCCAGGGAGCAAACCUCGCUAUCCUCCCUAGUCUCUGAUGUAGGACUGAAGCGUAGGAGCGGGGAGAUUGAUCAAGAUCAAAACAAAAUGGUGCAGGACGCUGUCCCAGUUUGUAGUAGCGGGGAGGGCAGAGACGAAGGACCAGCUAAGCCAGACAGGAAGGAAUCGAGUGGCGAAGGAGGGGGGUGUCAGCGGGUCGGGUGGCCCUACCUACCGUCGUGGCCUCUGUAUCGCUGGAAAAGUGUUCAGUUGGCCUGCAGCGGUGUGGCACAGCUGUUGGCCCCGCCCCUCCUAAUACCCAGGUUGCCUCCACAGUCGUCCCUGCUGACUCCUUCCUGCCUGCUGUUCCACCUAUGCCAGUAAGGUGGCGUAGGAAGGGGGAUGCUGCGGGGGCCAUGGGCAUCUCUGUGGGUGUGCCUCUGGGAGUUCCUGGAGGCGUGUCUCUGGAAGGGGGCGGGACUGGUGUGCACAGUGCUAUUCACAAUAUGGAUAAGGCUGGUGUGGCUGGGAGCUGUAUUUCUAGCCAGAAAAAGCAUAGGACAAAACAUCUGUGAGUCAAGUGAAAGUCAAAUAAAUCAGACUGAUGCCUCAGCUACAUCUGCUCUGUCCUUCUCCUCCAGUGAGGGGGAGGCAGAGCGGGUAGUGGCUAAGGCUCAAGUUUAUAGUAAUAUUAAAAGCAAAAAAAUCCAAAGGUGUU